AUGGCGUUGCUUUUCCUGGAUACUUCCGGUAUCCCAGAAAAGCGCUGCGGUCCAGAGGUAGCCCAACAGCCGGAAUGCUGCGAACAGCUGGCGAGCCGGAAUGCUGGGAACAGCUGGUACCGUGGGCAUGUCCCCAACACGGUGUUUUCCUUCGGGGACACCUACGGGAACACCACCAUGAAAUACUUCCAGGAUUUCCGCAGCGCUGCCAUGGAGACCAGCCGCUGCCCCUACAGCAAAGGGGGCCAGUACCGUGGGCAUGUCCCCAACACGGUGUUUUCCUUCGGGGACACCUACGGGAACACCACCAUGAAAUACUUCCAGGAUUUCCGCAGCGCUGCCAUGGAGACCAGCCGCUGCCCCUACAGCAAAGGGGGCCAGUUCCCCACCCUCUUCUCGCCCGACCCCGGCCUCGUGCUGGGCUGCAGGGCACGGGGCUGGGACAGGUGGCUGCACGCCCCGUCCUACUCCCGCUUCAACUUGGAUUUCAACCGCUCCGAGGAGCUGAAGGAGUUUUACAAGGAACCUGGCCGGGCGUGUUCGACCCCGAUCCGGUUUGUGGUCUUUGGGGCUCUCUCGGCGCUGGCGGUGGCAAGUCAGCAUGGCCCACGCCACCCGCCUCUGAGCGCGAAGACCCAGUGGCAUUUGUUCCGGGUGUCUCCAGAGAACCUCCGGACGUACCAAACCUUCCCCUCGGGGAAGAGAGUGACCUCCCAGGAGAGAGAAGUCAGAGACAGCUAUUUUGAGUACAGAGCAUGAGGACGGGGGUUCCCCUUCUCCCGCCAGGCUGGCAGGAGGGCGGUUCCUCGAAGAAGGAGCGGUGAGAAAUAAAGCCUAGGGGUUAGAGCCCCCCUGGAUUGUGUCUCCAGGCUGUGCUGUCUCUGCAAGGCAGGACAGCUCUUUUGCUCCCCGGCUGCCAGGCCAGGAG